UCGAAAAUUAAAGAGGCCUUAAUGAAAUUUAUCAUACUUUUAUUACUUGUUAAAACAUAGAAAUUAUAUAGCAAUGUUAAUAUUAUUUAAUUUUGAACAUUUUUAUUUUAUAUUGUAAAUUUUAAACUAUGGAAACUGAUGGAUCGGAGUAUGUAGGUCAAUCGAAUAAUUCUAUUGAGGGAUCCCAAUCGGCAGUCAACAAUUUGAUUAUAGAUUACUACAAAAAAUUUGGAAGGAAGAGAGAUUUAGAACAAUUUUUUUCUCUAUCUACAGCCCAAAGUGAUAUAAAAGAUCCUACGAGUUUGUUUUGGAGAAAGAUGAAAUCUCAGGCUGAUUCUUCGGACUCUGGAGAGAAAAAAAGUGAAUCGUCCGCAGAACUUUGUCGAAUUUCUAUAAAGUGCUCUAUUCCUGAGCCCUCCACAUCACAGAAUGAUUAUAAAAACUUUAAAAGUGAUUCAGAGUCUCCACCGAUUAUAAAAGAUGAAGCAGCACCGGAUGUGUCUAGAAUAUCAGAUAAUGAAUCUAUUAAAUCUGAAGAUAUGUAUUCCCAUAAAUCUGUUGAUGGCACAUUGGAUACUUCAAUAAAUAAGCCACAUUCACCAACCAGCAGUAUUACAUCUCAAAGAAAACUUGAAUGGGAUUCCUUGGCAGAUGUUGGUUAUGCCAAUGCAAGUGAUAGAAAGAAUUCAGCAUCAAGCUUAAGCACGAUAGAGCGGAUGGCAUUGCAGCAACAAUACUCAAAUAAUGAUACAAAGCAAGACUCAGAUUUAGGAAUGCCAACUGCACAAUCAACACCUCUUGAUGUUAAUGACAAUAAAGCAAAAAACAAAAAAGGCUUUGCUAAGAAAACAACAAAAAUAUAUAACAGAGAUAUUGAUUCGGUUAAUCUUAAUAUCUCUCAAACCUCUGACAAUAAUCGGCAACCAAUAAAUGUAAAUUUGACAAAACAUAUAUCUUUCAAUGUUGAAAAAGAUGGAGGUAUUAGUAUUGAAAAUGUUUCGAAAAAUGUAUCUUUAAGUCCAGAAAAAGUUUCAGUCGAAACUGAAGUAACACCUCAAGCUACAAUUGAUAAAGAGAUACAAACAACUUUGAAUAAAAAUAAACAGAAAUCAAGCAGUUCUAGUGAUUUCAAAGAACAACAUGCCAAAACAAUUCCUGUUCUAAUCAAUUUGAACACUUUAAAGAAAAAAACACGAAAAAAGAAAGUUAUGCGAAUAAAACGGCAGCAAAGAAGAAAAUGUUUAGCCACUGAAAGAAAAUAUGUUCCACUUGAAAAAAGUACAGAACAGCCAUCAGAAGCAGAGAGUUUUGAAUAUAUGCCAGGUCAUAUUUACAAUCAAAAUCAAAUGAAUGAACUGAAUAAAAACAAUAAUGACUAUGGUAAUAAAUCUAGUCUAGAAUCAAGUGCCGGACUUACAACUGACUCAAGUAAAACAAUCAAAUAUUCUUUUACAAAGGAUUUAGAAACAGGCAUUGAUAUACUCAAAAAAGCUCUAGAACAUCGAUUUGAAGAUUCAAAACUAAAAAAGAAACUAAUUAAGGAAGUAGUCCAGAGACUUAUUAAAACGAAAUAUAAAGAUGAUGAUAGUUCAGCGGAAUUUUUAUCAGGCUUAAGUUUUGAUAGUAAAAAAUUAGAUUUACAUGAUAUCACUCAUUCAACAUCAAGUACCUCAGAUGCAAAUAACACCGCCACUAAAUCCAAAUCAGCCAAACCAAAGAAAUCUAUUUUACGCAUGGACAAAUUUAAUGCUAGUGCAAUAGCAUCAACAUCUCAGAGUGUCCCUAAUUUACCUGUUCUUUCGAAGAUUGAAACACCUAUUGCUUGUCCCAAAAAGGCAGUUGACUUGUCUAAUACAGAUUCAGAGAUAUCCAAUAAAAAUAAAAAAAUAUCAGAUACUGGAAUUGAUAAAACUUCAUCAGAAGUAUUAUAUAAAAAGUACUUAGAUGCGUUGAAGAGAGAAGAGAAUUACAAAAAACAUUUAAAGGACAAAGAAAUAUUUCUUAAGCAAAAACUUGUAAGUUCCGAUCUUGCAUUCAAUGUUGUUACUCAAGCUGAAAGGAGAAAAAAUAAUUUGAAAGACUUAAUGAAUGAUUUAGUAAGAAACAAUUACGACGAUGGAUCAGGCGAUGCCAGUAAAUUAGAGGGUGGAUCCAAUUCGAAUAUCAAUUUAGACAAUUAUAAUUCUUUAAGAAAACAAAGAAGUCAUUCUGUUUUUACUCUGUCAUCUGGUAACUCUGAUAAUUACACAAAGAGAUCAAAUGAAAAUAAAAAAUCACAAAACAAAGUUGAUAGUGCCAAAGAUUGUUACCACAGAGCUGAGAGGCACUAUUGUUGUUGUCCUUAUCACACAUCACAUUCGCGAAUCGGAGUCUUAGAUAGUGCAGUACAAGUAAAUAUAAAAAGUAAAGAUGAUAUCUGUCCUGAUACAAAAGCUACACAAAGUUCGCCACAAGAGCAUAACGAGAUAAGUGAAAAAAUAUGCCAACACAAAUGUGAGAAAUGUAAAAGGCCUCAGACUAAAACUCAUAUUGUAUCUGAUUGUGCAAAUGAUGAUAUCAAAUAUUUCUGUGUCUGCACUGGAGACGAAGGAACGCAAAAAGUACCUGAAAAUAUACUUAUUUAUAAAUGUUCAAGACUGACCAAUAAGUACCUAAACUUGGGUGAUAAUUUAACGCCAAAAGUAUCUAAUACUGUAAGUGAACAGUUUUCAAGUAAUUCUACCUCACCUCGUCAGAAAAUAUCAACAUUCAAUAGUGAAGAUUGUGAGAAAAAGUGUUUAAUUAUUAAAGACAAUAUUAGUUUAAAUAAUCAGACAUCAAAAUCAUCACAAACAAAUCUCAACUUACCGAUUAAACUUCGAAGUAAAUCUAGUGAGCAAAGUUUAGAUUCGACUUCGACUGGAGAAAAAUAUGGUAACAAAAAGCUUGAUAAUAUACAAACUACUAUAGAUCCGUUAAAUGGAAGGACUAAUAAAUAUAUACAUGAGGCUACUCGAUGCAUACAAACUGAAAUAAGCAUUGAUCCAAAAAUAUCUGAUCCUUCAUUGUCUGAUAUAAACAUAAUUAAUGAUAAAAAUUGUGUCGAAUUAAUAAGUGAAAAAUUCAAAGAAGUUUCACAGUCCAGUAGUAUCCAGAAACAAACCGAAUUUAAAAGUGGUAGUAGUUCGGCAGAGAGUAAUGCUAUAUAUGAAAAAGAAUCUUCCAAAUGUGUGUGUGUCAAUGUUAAAGAACAAUCUACAAAUACUGUUGAAAAAUACGAUAAAGAGAUUCAAUCGUCUGUUGAUAUUAAUAAUGUUAUACCUGUUCACGUGGAUAAACAGAGUUCUAACAAUUUUACCAUUCCAAUUCAGGGCACAAAUAUGACACUAAAAGUCAGCUUAGGAUCUGGAAAGGAUGACAAUUUAUUUACGAAAGAUACAAUGCAAAAUGAUUUAACGCAUAACACAAAAUUUGUAUGUACGGGAACUGAGACAGAUAAAAAUAAUAUCGUUGAAAAUUAUACGUCACUACAAGAAGAGUGUUCGAAAGGAGUACAGUCAAAUAAUGCAAAUAUAUUUGAUGAGUUUUAUGAACAAACAAAGACUGAUACUGCAUGCUGUGAAAAUAAAAAUGCAGUUUGCGAAAAUAUUGCCACGAAUACACAAGAACAUACUACGUUCCCUAAACCUUGUUCCGUAAAUACGUGUCUCACUGAUUGUUGCAAAUACAAUACUUUUCCAACAAACGAUAAAAGAAAUAUUCAGAAACCCUUACUUCGUUCCAAUACAGACACCGGCAAAAUGGAGAAAUCUUGUCAUGUAACAUUUACUCCAAUUAACAAUCAAGUCAUAAAAGAUGCAGAAAUACAACCAAAUCUUGCGCCGAUAUCGCAAAUGCAAUCAAAAUCUAUAUCCACAAUGGAUUGUAGAGAUAAAGCUCAAGUUAUUUGUUCGGAAAAAAACUCUUUAAAAUCAAUAGACACUAAGAAAAGCAAAUCAAGUUCUGAAACGGAAGAAGGGAUACCGUUAAAAAGUUCUAAUAGUGACACCGAUAAUGAUACCAAAUCGUCAACCUCUAAAGAUCCCAUACUUGAUAUAAUACAAGAUAUAACGAGACGAUAUUCUAAGAAAGAUAUUGAAAAAACUAAAAGAAAGAAAUGUUUUCGUGAAAUUAUUACAUUUCUAAAUUAUCUCUUAGACACAGAUGAAACCACAGAUCAAGAUGGAAAUAAAACGUCAUCUUCGUCAGCAUGCGAAACUGUAUGUGAUUCCAAUAACAAGUUUUUAGCUAAAGAGUCUUACAAAUUAUCUCCAAGGAAGACUUUUGUGGAUAAAGGCGUACAGUUAUCCACAGAAAAGUCGAAAUCUUACAAAUCGUGUACAACUUCUUCAGAUUCUCCUAUUUCAACUGAAUUACCGAGUACAUCGUCUGAUAAUGCAACUUGUAAAAUAUUGAAUAAAAUAAAAAAGGAAUGCGAAAAAUAUCAUCAAAAGCGUUGCAAAUCUCAUGGUAAAGAAAAGAAGUGCGAAGCUUCGAGCAGUACUUCUAUGAACUGCGACCAGUGUCGACGUGUGCACCAUUGCUCGUGUAAAGGGCAUAAAUGUAAAAACCACAAAGCAAGAAAAUCCGGCGAAAAAAAGAAAAAAUGCGUCGCGUACAACUUGAUUAUACAGACAUCAGACAGUGUGGUCAGUGAAGAGGUAACUUGUGAUAAUAAACGUCAUAAGUUGCAAAAUAUAAUCGUAAAAGUACCGUCGAAGCGGAAGGUAGAAAAUAUGCCCUUUAAAGAAGUGGCCACGAAAAUUGAAAAGGAUAUGCUCCAUUGCAGCCCGAGAUCUAAGAAUUACCGAUCAAGAAGUUUGCCGAAUGAUAGCGAGAUAUCUAGCACAGACGAAUUUCUGAGGAAGACUAAUGCAUACACUGUAAGGGAAUAUUUAGAAAGAAAUCGUCCCGACUUUGUAGAGAAGUGUUCGAAGCGUCAACAUUGCUUGAAGUUGAUCAACGAAACUAGAGCAAGUGAACGCUCUGCCAAGCGGCAACUGCUGUCAUUGCAGUUGGACCGAGCACAGGCAUUGAGUGGUCUAAAUGAGAAUGAAUUGAAGAAUUUCGCCAAAUUACUGGGUCAUGAACUGCGGCGAAAAAAAGUUGCACCAAAAUUUAUCAGUGAACGUGAAAUGAAAAAGCACUCUGAGAAAAUUUAUAAGUCACUACCUGAGGUUGUCCAUAAAAAAGAAGAAAUUAGAAAGGAGAACAUAAAAAAAACUAAUUUACUUAUGGCAAAUAUUUUCAAGAAGAAUCUUCAAAAGAAAACGCUACAAGGAGCCGUAAACUUAUCAAAUUACAGUACAGUGAUAAAAAUAUGACAUUCAAGUAAAAUAAGAUAUGUUUCCAAGGUGUUCAAUGAUUAAAUUUUAUUUUUUUACCAUUGUUGACGUCACUGUUUUAUAAUGAAAUAAAUUUAAUGUAAUUCGUUUCUUGUUAUGGAUAUUAAAUUAAAU